AUGCAGCAGCUGCUGAAAAGACGAGUGCGCGCGCGCACGGGGGCAGCACUUAGCCACAUAUUUCUAAACUUCGACGGCAGUAUUGAAAAGGAAAAAUUAGCGCUUAUAUACUCCACUGGUUUUCAAUUGCAUACUUAUACUAGCGAAAGAUGUAGACAGAGACAACAGACUAAAGCAGCACGAGAUGGAGUAAGAAAAGGUUUCGGUUUGUACAGAAAAGAGAAGUCAUGGUGGAAGAAAGAAAAAUAUUAUGUUCAGAUGAUGAUGCUGAUGGCACGUGGGUGUAGGAGCAGCACAACAAAAAAAAAACAACAACAACAACGACGACCAAAUGAACUCCACGUUGAAUGUGGCAAGGCAAUGGACAUCGAGGCAUGA